AUGACCCGUGGCCUGUCCCAGGCUGGGGACAGGGAGGACGUGUGGAAGGAGCUGAUUCAGGGAAACCGCAGGAGACACCUGAUGGCCUGGGUCCAGAGCCUCAAAUCAUGCACUGGCAGCACAUGGGGACACAGCAGCUGGACUGCAAGCAGUAGGGCUUGCAGCAGCUGGACUGGGAGCACACGGGGAUGCAGCAGCUGGACUGGGAGCAGUGGGACUUGCAGCAGCUGGACUGGGAGCACAUGGGGAUGCAGCAGCUGGACUGGGAGCAGUGGGAGCAGGAACAGACUGGCACACAGCAGCACACAGGCUUGUAGCAACAGACAGGCACACAGCAGCUGGAGCCACAGCCCCCACAGCUGGAGCUGCAGCCCCCCACAACUGGAGCCACAGCCUCCACAAAGUAUGGGCCUAUGCCCUGGGGGCUUCGAGGGCAAGAACUGGAGGGUGCAGGGAGGGGCUCCACGGCAGAUGGCCCGCAUCCCCCUCCCCAUCUCUGAGGCAUCUGUGGUCAGCAGCUGCCUGGGCCCAGCCUAG